GAGUUUUUCUCAGAGAGACCUUAGGUUCAAGAGUACUUUGUAUUUUGAUGAAAAGAAAAAGAGGACUUUGACAGAACUGGUACUCGACUUUGUAAGAGUGUCGGUCAAUGUCAGUCUCUGUCGGAGGCAAAACGAGAUUAUCUCAUGGAGCCUAUCGGAGCAUCUUAAAGAACCCACCACUCUAAUCGAAAAGAGCAGGGGUCCUUCCUGGUUCAAACCUUGCAAUCUGAUGUCAGAGUUGGCAUCUUGAAAAAAAAUUCAACUUUCAUUCAUGUCACUUUAAAUCUAGGAUUUGUAACACAUCAACAGCAUCCUUACCGAUCGGGACCUCUACCGGUAGUAUUACUGAUACUACCAGAUCGGAGUCUCUACCCUGAUACUUUUCGUCUCAGACAUUACCCACCUUCGGACCAAAAAAAAAUCAAAAACCGUGCAAGGACCGUGUGGGGUUAUAGGAGGCCAUUCCUUGUCCACUCUUUAGAGAUUACCUCACGACCACGUACAUUGUAGACACAAAAGAUUUUCAGCAUCAGCGGUCCAGACGUAAGCUUGUCCCUCCUUCUGACGCAAACUUCCCCGCACCAGGGGGCCGCCUUAGCAACGCGAUUGUUCGCCCAAAUGUCAUCCCUCCGGAUUUACGAACGAGGGGCAGUUUCAGCCGGUUGAUUCCACGCAAAAAAAUUCUCGCUUUUCAAACCAUGCAUGUAUAGAGCUAGUUUCUAUAUAUAUAUAGUAGACUAGGUUGCCAAGAAAGUACAAGUUGAAUCUGAGAAGUCUGAAGUGCCAGACCUAAGCCAUGGACUUCCGUGUGAUUGCAGAAAUCAUCGUCGGCGUUCUGCUGACUCUGGGCCCGCUAGAGAGCGACAUGAGGCCAGUGAGAAACAGAAGGAGACAAGCAGCGCUGGUUGAGAAGAUUAAGAAGGAGUCCGGGGGAGACAUGGCGCUGGCCAGGGAUAUGAUAGAGAACCUGUGUCGCCACCAGCGCCGCAGCCACCACUGCCGUAUGUCCGCCUUCAAGCUCUACGCGCUGGUCGUGCAGUCAGCCCGGCGGGACCAGGCCACAGCCCUGCCACCGACGGCCCCGCCGCCGCCUCCCUUGCUGAACGACGGCGUGGCCCACACGGACGAGUACAGUAGGGCCACUGCGCUGAAGAUCGACGUCACCAAGAAGAGAGCGACGAAGAGGAACACUGUGAAAAGGAAGAAGGCUACUUGUGGGGACUAUAACAGAAGUGAUAAGAAGGUGGCGAGGCGGUUCAAAAGGCCGGCAAAGAUCCGCGCUUAACUCUAACCGAGAGAAUCGGCACAUGUUCCAUGAACAUGUGCCAGAGAAUCAGUGAGGGAACAAUUAACGCUCUGACUCUGUCUCUGAGGAGAGAUACGUGUCGAUCUAAUAAGACACGGAAUCAGAAAGAAUAUGAUCUUUGAGAGUGAAGGUACCGACAUUUUGUAAAUAAAUCAAAGAUUUGAGAUGCUUACACCGUUUUCCGUGUAAUAUGCUUGUCAUGUCAUGGAAAGGUUGCCACUGUAGACACAAACCGAGAAAACAAUGUCACCAUGAUGGUUGAUUGUGUCUGUUGUCGUACGUAGAAACGAAGAGCCCCGUCUCAGAAUCAUGACCUUUGAUUGGGUAAAUUCUUUGGGUGUCUUUUCUUGAAAAUUAUCUAUGUACCGCCAUGUAGAAAUAAAACGAUAGAGGAAACGACUUCGGAAAGACUGCGUGGAGGCCAACGUCUAGAAGCGAAGAAAACUAUACACUGUACAUCUGUACAUGUAGCUACAGCUCAACUCGGAAAUAUAGGAAAAUAAAUGACCACGUUACAAGCAGUUUACAGAAUGUUGCACCAUAAGAAUGGAGCCAGUCUGUGUGUGUUUUGCUGCGGUGAAUGCAGCGGUGAAUAGUCAAUGACGUCAGAGGUUGUAACGACACGAAAUACUGUGUUCAUCCUUUGGUUUUACCAAGGACAUUAUACACUUGGUUUUACAAAGACGCCACGAUGUUGUUACUUGUGCAGAAUUUGUUUCACACUGUGAUACAUGGAAAUAAAUUUACGUCAUUCAAAAGUAGCAAUGUUAUUAUUUCGGAUUGCUGUUAAAAAGCCCAUAGCUACUACAACUGUCACGAAAAGUUAUUAUCUAUGCCCUCUACACCCCCGCGGAGAAGUGAAAUGGUGUAAGUUUGAUCAUUUUCUUCCUUCCUUCCUUGCGUUUGAUACGAAAUAACUGAACGUAGAAACC